AUGGAUAUACUAAAUGUUCUAGACCUCUCAAGCACUGGAAUAAGGGAAUUGCCGAUGGAAAUAUCAAAAUUGAACUCAUUGCAAUAUCUUAAUCUGUCAAAGACAUUGAUAAGGCAAUUGCCAGUUGAGUUGAAAAUGUUGGUAAAUCUGAAAUAUCUGAACUUGGAGAAUAACAUCGAUAUAAAUAUGAUUCCAAGGGGAGUCAUAUCUAGUUUAUCAUCAUUGCAAGUUUUGGAAAUGUACAACAUUGCAAAUACGAAGAAUCUAGGAUUUAUAUAUAUAGUUGGUCGAAGUGAUAUAGGAGAGCUGGAUGUUGAUGUUGUCAUGGAAGAGAUGGAAACACAUGAUGAUGCAGAUGAAAUUGAAAAUGAGCAAACUGAAGAACCUAAGAUCGAAGAACCUGAAGAUUUGAGUCUUGAGCAUUCACAUGUUGAAGAACAUAUUCUAGAGCAAGAAGUUGAAAAAAAUGCACAAGCAAAACUUGAGGAGGAAAAAUUGCAGAACAAAGAAGAUCACUCUAUGAAAACUUCAACAAAGAUUGAAUAA